UUUAAAUAUGAAUAACGCUGAAAAAGUUGAAUUGGUUUUAAUUUAUGGUGAAUGUCAACGUAAUAAACGCCUGACUUCUUUGACGUAUGCCGAACGAUACCCAGAAAGAUACCAUCCACCUUCUAAUUAUGUUUUACGACUUUUACAAGGGUUAAAUCAGGAAGGAAGAUUUCCUGGCACACAAAUAAACCAACAAAGGCGUAGACCAAAUAUGUUUGAUGACGAUACAGAAUUACAGGUACUAGCAUACAUUAGGGCUUAUCCACGUUCUUCAAUUAAGCAAGUUGCUCGCGAAAGUGGAGUUUCAUAUGGUUAUCAAGAUGGAGCACCAGCCCACAAUUCAAUUAUUGUUAGACAACAUUUAAAUAAAAUAUUUCCGAAUCGCUGGAUUGGUACUAAUGGCGUUGUUCCUUGGCCUGCACGAUCCCCAGAUUUAACGCCAUUGGAUUUUUUUUUAUGGGGAUAUUUGAAGACUGCGGCUUAUGCAGAUACACCUGUCAAUCUUCAAGACUUAAAACACAAAAUACAAACAGCAUGUGAUAUUUUAAGUGAGGACCAAAUCAAGGCGGCAACUUUGACUGAAUUUUUGAGACGACUGGAAUCAUGUUUAGAACAUAAUGGCGAAAACUUCGAACAAUUCAUUCGAUAAAUGUAUUUUAUACAUUUUAUUUUUAUUAUAAUAUUACUAUUACUAUUAUCAUUAUAAGUUAUAACUAUUUUGCUGUACAUUUAAUUAAUACAGUUGACAAAAUAUCAUACACUUAAAAUAAUGUUUAAUUAUUUAAAACUUACAUUAUUAUUUCCAAUGGUUUUAAAUGAAAUUAUUAUUUUUGACUUACUCUAACUUGGGCAGUUUUGAAAAUAGAAAAAAACUUUUUGUACAAUAAACGUUUAAAAAAAAAUACUCACCCGAAUCUGCAAAAAAAAACUGGGGUUGCCAUUAAAAAAAAGGUAAUUUGUAUUGCGCAUGCGCGUACCGAAUGAGCUAAAAAUUUGAAACUGGUAUGAAAAUAUGUAUUUAAGUGCUCCCUAUCACCUCCCGAAAACCCCAAUUCAAUACAAGGUCACCCAUCUGAGAUAUUCAGUGGUACCUAAUAUCGUAAUCACACUGUACAUAUAUAUAUAUAUAUAAGGACCACCCUAAUAGUUGUAUACUUAUACAUAAUAUAAUUUCACAUAUUUUACAUAAUAAACUUAUUAUUUUUAUUAUUCAUCACAUUAACAUUAACAUUAAUAUUCACAUUAUGAAUGUUUGUAUUGUAAUAUUAAUUUGUAUCAUAUCAUAUUAUAUAUUUAUAAAGUAAAAUUUAUUAUAUUAUUUUAAAAAUUGCUA